AUGAUCAGUGUAUGUGAAAAUAUUGAAUAUACUCAUAUUUCAGGAAAACUUGGGGGCUCGCCAGUGCUGCAAUUUGCUACUGUUUAUGUGUGGGACCAUAGACUAUGUAAUCAAGUUGUUCCGCCAGAGGUUCAACCCAUUAUAAAUAGUCAACUGUGUGCCAACGGAAAGAGGCAAGACGCGUGUAAAGGGGACAGCGGAGGACCUUUAGUUAAUUCCACUAUUGAUUUAGAUGGCGAAUUGAGAAAUUAUCAAAUUGGAAUUGUAUCCUUUGCUUCAACUGUAACUUGUGGUGUAGAAGAUUUGCCUCCUAUUUAUACUAGGGUUGAUAGAUAUCUAAAGUGGAUACUUAACAUUGUAGAAAAUAAUCAGUAA